AUGAAUAAAAACCUUAAAAAUUUGAUUUUAUUAAAAAAUUCCUCUUUAAUUUUCCAACAAAAUUUUCAUUUGGGGGCACCUCUUUGUUUUCAUUUUAUGAAAAAGCAGGUAGCAGUCGAUCCAGAAAUUGCAAAAAUACGAGAAGAACGUAAGCGUAGAAAACUUGAAAAAGCAAUUUUAAAAUUAAAACAAUUUGGUAAAAAGCCAAAACCUGUAGAAGAAAUUGGAAUUGAUGUUAAAUUAAUUAAUACGUUGGAUACUCGAAAACGUGAACCAGAUCCCAUUAAUGAAGAAGAUGAAAUCAAACGAAUUGUUAUAUUGAAAGAAUAUGCACGUUCGAGGGUUUUACUUGCAAACGAAAACGUUCGUUGGAUUAAAGAUGCAACAAAACGCCAGUUCCGUGCAUUGGAGGCUUUAAAAAUGGUUUCGCCCGAAUUAUAUAAAUCUGCUGUUAGUAAUGAAAAUUGUGGUUUGCCGAGUAUUAUGGAAGGCCCAUCAUUAACACCUCCAAUUGAAGGAUAUAAAUCUCCUGAUGGUGAUUAUAAAGAUAUAACAAAACAAUGGGUUCAACCAGAAUUGCCUCUCUUAAUUAAAAAAUUUGGUGUUGGAAGACUUAUUAAAACACCAACUUUCCAAAAGAAAUUAUUAGAGCAAAGGAAAAGUCAAGAAGGUGAAAACAAAAAAGAGGAAGAACCUAAAAAGAAGACUGCAAUUGCUUGA